CAAAUUUCCGUUCGGUUCGCUUGCAGUUACACUUCAGCGCGAUUUGGUGACAGUCGUUGUCGUCGUCGUCGUCGUAGUUCGUUAAACGCAUCUAUUUGCUUACAGCUCAGCCAAUUUGCUAGGCACUUUCUUGCUCCGAUCCGUUGUUACAAAACACGCAGCGUUAAUUUUACUACACGCAACCCCAAAGCAACGCCAAUUUUCGCAUUUGAUUGGCGCGUAAUUUCUCACCGUUUGUUUGUUUUGAUAAUUUGUGCGUGGAAAUAAAUUUCUGAACAACCUACAUACAUACACACGUAAGCACGUCACGUUGUAACAAGUGGAAAAUUAACUUCCUUAUAUUGCGAGUGAUUCGAUCGGCAGUCGAGAGUUUUUUUAUUCCUGAAACAGUGGAGCAAAGCGCUUACUUUAAAGCGAAAAGUCGUGUGGCGCGCAUCAUAUCGACGCAGGCAACCUCAGCGUAUGUCCUGUUAACUGAAACUCAAAAUUACCCAAAGUGAAUCUUGUGCAUCAUAGUGGAUAAGUAAAGAUUUUCUUCGGCUGAAUUCAAAGUAAAACCUCUACAACGGCUACAGCGGUGCAAAGAAUCUUGAAGUUGUUGAUGCAACUGCAGCACAAAUUGCUGCGGAAACUAGUCAGUCUGAGUUCGGUGGCGAUACGUUAGUUCUGUUAGAGCCACGUUCUGUUCAAGAGUAUUAGAAGCGUAUUUAAACGACGAGAGCGUCAAGAGAACGCGAAUAUUAUAAAUAGAACGGUUUUAUCAGUUGACUUGCAUUUGAAAGAAGCGACCCAUAAAGAGGAAAGGCAAGAGCAGAAACACCGCGUAAGGGGCAAUAUCGGAAUUAUCUUCACUUUUAUUCGUAGAGCUACAAAAUUGCGAAACUGGGUAAAUUGUGGUUAGUCGUUAAAGAUUAUCUCUUUGCGAAAAUGGGCCCGCCCAGUAGUACAACUGUUAAUGGCACCGAACUGCCACCGAAGACCACGGAACGUAGCGGUGCGCCACGUGAACUGACCGGCUACCGGAAAUGGUUGCGGGAGAAUCUCAUGUUGCUGGUGACGCUGUCGGGUGUAUUGUUGGGAGUCAUUUUCGGUUUUACGUUGCGGCCCUUGAACUUACAUGAGGACUCCAUUAUGUUGAUUUCCUAUCCGGGCGAACUCUUCAUGCGCGUCUUAAAGCUUAUGAUUUUACCGUUAAUCAUUUCCAGCUUGAUCGCCGGUUCGGCUAGUUUAAAUGCACGCAUGAACGGUAAAAUUGCAUUGCGCACUUUGGUGUAUUUCGUGACGACUUCGUUCUUGAACGCGCUGCUCGGCAUUGCCUUGGUGCUGCUAAUCCAUCCCGGUGAUCCUAAUCUACAUAAUACCGCCGAUCGUUCUACUGAUAAAAGGGCUGUAAAUCUACUGGAUAGUCUUUUGGAUUUGGGAAGAAACGUUUUCCCGGACAAUCUCUUUCAAGCAUCGUUUCAACAAGCGCACACUGUUUACCUUCCCAAACCCAGUAUUUUGCAUACAUUCAAUGAGACACUUAACGACACCGCGAUCGGCACCGAAUUCGAACCGACCGAAGAGAUACAAGCACAACAACAACAAAGCGGUGACGUACUCGAACCGGCGCUUAUACGUGUGGUGCAAUAUCGCAGCGGCACCAACACGCUGGGCAUCGUCUUCUUUUGCCUAGUCUUCGGCACCAUACUGGGCACGAUCGGCGAAAAGGGGCAAAUUGUGGUGGAUUUCUUUACGGCCGUCUUUGAGGUUAUUAUGAAGAUGGUCACCUGCGUCAUGUGGCUAACACCCAUCGGCAUUAGUUCAGUGAUAGCUGGCAAGAUAUUGGGCGUCAACGAUCUGCAUUUAGUCAUGGAGCAGCUGAUGUGGUUUAUACUCACCAAUCUGAUUGGCGUAUGCCUAUAUCAAUUUAUUAUAAUGCAAGGGAUUUAUUUUGUAUUCGUGCGACGGAAUCCAUUCAAAUUCUAUGCCGGACUUAUACAGCCCAUGCUGACCGCUUUUGCGACAGCCUCAACUGCUGCUGCUCUGCCGAUCACCUUUCGUUGCAUGAACGACAAGUUGCGUGUGGAUCAGCGCAUCAGCCGGUUUGUGCUACCGAUCGGCUGUAACAUCAAUAUGGAUGGCACGGCACUCUUCAUUGCGAUCGCCUCGAUCUUUAUCGCCCAGAUGAGUGGCAUACCGUUGGGUUUUGGUGAACUGGUCACGGUUUUAUUGACUUCGACCGCGGCUUCUAUGAGUUCGGCUAGUGUUCCGAGUGCUGCUCUGGUUCUGCUGCUUGUGGUCCUUACUGCCAUCGAUGCUCCGGUACAAGAUGUUACUCUACUCUUUGCUGUCGAUUGGUUCGUCGAUCGAAUGCGCACCACAAACAACAUGCUUGGCGAUUGUUAUGCCGCUGCCGUCGUUGAAGAGCUAUCACGCAAAGAACUAAUGGCACUGGAUGCCGCCAUACUCUAUCAGGAAGUGCCAGUUGGUACGCCAAACGGAAAUGCCUUGCUCGAAGGGCAAACAGAGUUGGAUAGCAAGUGCUCGAUGACCGAUUCGGUGGUCAUCGAUAUUAAUAAUGUGAUAAACAGCAGCAAUUUGCAGAAGGAGAAUACUGGCUAUCGCGCUUAAAGCUAUAAUAUUUAUUCGACAAUUCACGCACUCACGAGUAUGUAGGCGCACGAGCACUCUUAUUUGCCCAAUAUUUACACUACGCAAGGAAAUAAUUUUUAAGUAUGAAAGCAUAUAAGUUGGUAAUUUGAUGGGAUUCACCCAUAUUAUAAAAUACAAGUGUAUUUGAAUUAGUUUAUAGUUAUAUUUUAAAAAUUUUUGGCAUAAUUUUCAUGCUUCCCAUUAACUUUUUGCCUUGAAAACGUUUCUCGUAAGAACCAUUCCUAGGUGACAUUAAAUUAUGUGAUGAAAGCAUACAGAGUGGUUUAUAUAGUGGAAUUUGUUUCCUUUAAUUAUAUUGUUUUAUGCUUUAGUUGACUACAAAUUUUCAGAAAAAAUGUUAUUAUACCAAAAAGCCACGAGAGAAGAAAUAUUGAAGACUUUGGGUCUAAGCAAUCAAUUUUAUAUCGGCCUGGUACUUGAGAAAAAUGUUUAUGGAAAAGAAAACUCUUUUUAUAGAACUUCAAGGUGAAUAGUGGCUUUGGAAUAGUAUGGCUCCUUAACUCAGUUUUCUGAGACCUUAUUGACGGCAUCUCGAUCUAUUUUCCGAAUGUUGUGAUUCGAUUCGCUAUUUCUCUCCACGCCAUCUUUGCUUGUGCUAUUUACUCAAAAUAUUCUCAUGUAAACAAUAACAAUAUUAUUAGGUUUAAUUCGAGAUAAAAGCUAAAUCCUAAAGAAGUAUUUCUCUUUCAAAGAAACAUAGAGAAAUUAGAGAUCAUAUUUCCAAAAAACUGGCAUAGUCUAUCCGUUUCGCUGCUCUCCAACGCUUGGAGAAUCGAGCGCAAAUCUUCGACAUCUUAUUCAGAGAAAAGUCGGGCAAUAUUGCCACUGUUUCAAUAUUUACUUAAUUUCUCUCUAAGGAGAUUGUAUCACCUGACUUUCGUCCAAACUUUCCAAAAAUAUAUUUUACCUAAAGGAACAUUGAAUCAGAAAAAAAUGCAGUACCUAUAUGAACCACCCUGUAUACACUUACAUAAAAGUAUUACAAAUAGAUAUAUGAACAUUCAUAAAUCAAUACAAAUACACAAACCAAAUCAAGUGAUCAGAUUAGCAUUCAUCAAGUAUUGACAUAAACAAUAAAACCAACAAUGGAUAACAGGAAAAUAAAUUAACAUCAAAUCCUAUAAUGUAUAUUCAUAACGGAUGUAGCAAACAUGUAUUAGAUAUUACAUAACGUACUUACAUAAUUUAUGGCAUAAAUAGAAAUAUAUAUAUUAUACGAUGUGAUUUAAACACCACAUUUAGUAUUUAAUAAAAACAAAAGCAACAAAAUGUUGUCCAAAACUAGAACUGUUCUUAUAAUACCUACAUAUGUAUGUAUAUGUACUAUUAUAUAUAUGCUGAUGUUUACAUACUGUUAAGCUAGCAUUUAUGUAUAAUAUGUAUGUCUGUAUACACCCCAGCGUGACAUUUAGCGUUGCAUCCGUAAAAAAUAGAGACUGUCAAUUUUUAAAACGUUGCAAAAUUUUUUGAAAUGUAUAUGUAAUAUCUAUGUGCAUAAGCUAAUUGUGAGCCCACCAAUUGAUACGAUAUUUUUGUUUCUCGAAAUAAUUUAUCAAAAAUUUUACACAACAACAAAAAAUGUUCCCAAUAUACUUAUACAGUAAAAACUGAGUAGCGUAAACCAAAGUAGCCAGCAAAUGUUUACAAAAGUUCAUAAUUAUAAUAUACCGACUUACUAGCAAACUGGAAAAAGAAAAAUAAAAUAAAUUAAUAUAACAUAAAAUAUUGUAAUAAUAAAUAGAUAAUAUAAAAUGUUGAGCAAAGUUUUUAGCAAAAGCCACUUAUGUACAUAUAUGAUUUUAAGCAAACCUAUAAAUAACUUUUGUUUUUGUUUUUGUUAAUUUAGUGCAUAAAAAUGUUAGUGUAUUAUUUUAAAGCGAAAGAAUAUUUGUACAUAUCUGUAUAUUUAUGAAAUUCGUAAGAUUUUAAAAAUAUGUAUUCAGGCACCAUAGACCAUAUACCCACUUACAUAUGUACGUAAGCACACACUGUAUACACACACCUAUAUACAGGUUUUAGUAGAAAGGGCGCUACAAUGUUUACGAGGAUAUGUGGUUAUGAUGGAGAAGCUUAUUGUGUAUCUCAGUAACGUUUGUGAUGUUUUGAUAUAAAAGUUAUAAUAAUAAAUACACCGAAACAAUUUUACUUCA